CCUCGGCAGCACAUUAAUCAGCGGAGGUUUACCGUCUGUUAGAAUUGAAAUCCUGGUUGGAAAUUCGUUUUUUUUAAAUUAGAAAAAUCUAAAAUUACACAACAUGGAUCACUAGAGACUCCCAACACUAGUCUUGUUUUUUUUUUGUUUUUUUUUUUUUAUAUAUUUUUCAUUGGGCACCGAUAGGCUGGUAUUUUUUUUUUUUUAAGCUGCAGUUUCUGAGAAGGAAGGAGUUUCGUUUCCGUUGAGUUCCCCUGCUGUUGUUGGUGAACGCUACCAGGAAAUACCUUUUAUUAAAGAAAGCCACGCACUGCUCAGCGGGAUCACUUCAUACACUGACGGAAUAUUAUUAUCAUUAUUAGUAUUCAGAUAACAUGUUAGCCGCCAUAAGUGCCUUUAUCCUGAUGGUUUCAAGCAUAACCGGACCCAGAGUGGUAUCAGGAGUCCUCAGUACGCCCAGAAAUGUCCGCUUGACCUCCCAUAAUAUGAAUCUGGUGCUGAUGUGGGACUCACCUGAACGUCCAGCCAGAGGCCUAGUCUACACAACUGAGUUCAAAUCAGUCUCAGGCUACAGAGUGGGCUGUGUGAACAUCUCCAACCUAGAAUGUGACUUGAGUCGCCUCAACAUCUCCAUAUCUGCGUAUGGAACGUAUAAGAGCAGAGUGCGGGCGCAGUCGGGGACAGAGAGCUCCGCCUGGAUGGAAAGUAACCAAAUUACCUUGGACAAAGAUACCAUCAUCAGUUUUGCCAAUGUCUCUCUCUUCUCCAAUGGGGCUGCUAUUGAAGUCAGCAUUAAAGAUCCGGUGUUCACAAUCUCUGCACUCAGGAAUGUUUACCACUCUGCCACCUACAACAUUACCUACUGGAAGGAUGGCCAGAGGGAGAAGGCCAGAAGCAACAGUAACAUACAGCAAAACCGAGUGGUUCUUAAUGACCUGGACCCCUCGACCAAGUACUGUGUCCAAGUCCAAAUCAUCACAGAGAGGAACCGCAACCCAAGCAAUCCCAGCGCAGCGGUUUGUGAGAGCACUACAACCGAAGAAGAGGCUCCGUGGGUGGCAGCCGUGGUGACGUUUGGCAUCAUGGCAAUGGCAGUGGCUCUGGUGGUGGUUGCAGUGGUGUAUCGGAAAAAUAUAUCCCACUUUCUCUGUCCAAAAGAUACACUGCCUCAGCACUUCAAAGAGUACCUGCUGGCCCCCCCCAACUCGUCCAUUUACCUAGCCAUGCAUAACUCCCAUCCACCUGAGGAGAUCUACCACCAGGUCAGCAUCAUCGCAGAUGGCAGGACUCUAGAGGAAGGGCACCCGCUGGAGGCAGCAGGGAGAAGCUGCAGGAAACAGCCUGACACCACAUAGAGAUAAAAGGAAUAGGGAAAGACUGAAAAGCACAGAAGCAAUGAAGAAGAGCCAAUCUACAGGCUGCAGUCAGUUGGGACUGUUAAGAGAUUAUCAGCAGGGACGACUUUAAAGACACUGAGAAACAGUGAAAUCAUUGGUUCUUGCUUUACUUCAUAAAUGUAAUUCAACAAAUUCUGCAGCAGGCCCAUAUAAUUGCCGGAGCAGGAGUUACUGUGAAGUGAUUAGACGUCAGAGACACUGAGAGUUGUAGAUAAAGGAUUGAUACCUUAUGCAAGUGUACAGUCGUAAUGUUGGUCGCAGUAUUACCAAAUACUGUACUUUGCAGAAGGUUCGGCACAUUGGAGCUGCACUCAUUUACGUAUUUACACUGCCAUGGUGCUAUUUUGUGAAGCAUACAUAGUUUUAAUUUCCUAAUUGUUUCAUUAUGAAGGUUUUCCUAUUGAAAAUAAAUUCAGUGGUGAUAGUUCAGACAAGCUAGAACUGAAAGUGUGUUAGCCAAGGUCUCUGGAAUGGAGCUGAGGCG